AGGUUCGGUUCUCAUGUUCUGUGUUCCGGUCCCAGUCCUACUAAAAACAGCUUGUAUCUAUAUCGAGAUCAAAAUCUUGCGCCUCUCCUCAGAUUCUUCUCGGUUCUCACAAUUGGAACGGAUCUGUCAUAAUGCGAGUCGAUUAUGGUAUACGCGUUGAACGUCUGUCGAAGGAGAUUGCAAACUUCGAUCCAAAGAUACCAUGUUCUAUCUCCCACGACGAUUCUCUCUCCGAUGACGAAGUCGAUCCGCCUUCUCCUAAGAAGCCAAAGAUUGAAGAGGAAGAAGGAGAUGACGUAGGAAGUAAGAGCGAUUCCGAAAACCACAGUCCUAAAUGGAACAUCGCCAGAGAAGCGGCAUACGAUAAGUACAUGGAGUAUGUCGAAGAGCAUCAAGGGUUUGAUGUGAAUCGUGAACUUCUUCCUCCAUUUGGUUUUCCUGGGUACUGUGGCAUUUAUCCUGUGGACUUUGAUGUACAUAAAGAUUCUAUCAUAAUGGUUAAAGAGGCCACAUUCCUCGCCAUUAAGAGAUACAAUCAACGUGCUCCGGGCUCACAGUUGGAAUUAGUUGAAAUAAUAAAGGCUAAUAGAUCUGCAACCAAUUACUAUAUAACUUUUUUGGGUAAAGAAGUUAACACCGGGAAAUACAGAAACUAUCAAACAAAGGUGUUCCACAUGCACUGGGCUGGUGGACGCAAAGUUCGUACUCAAGUUAUCUUUGUGAGGCCAGAACCCGAACCAGCAACUGUCUAUUGGGUGAUGUUUUUCCAUAGUUGGUAGGCUACAUUUGGGUGAUUACUUAACUGUAACUAAUUUGUCACUCUUUGUGGAAAGGAAUGAAAGGGGAGGACGAAGACGAGGAUGAGGAUGAGGAUGAGGAUGAGGUUGAGGAGGUGGACGAGGAUGUAGAUGGUGAUGGAGAGGGAGAUGGACUUGUGAAAAAUAACUAAUACGGAAGUAUGAUGGAGAUGCAGUCAUGCAGACCAGGCGAUAAGAUAUUAUGGAGAAAGUAAUACUGCUUAGGCAGGCACCGGCAAAACACAAGCUAGUGACUUUACACAGUAACAAAAUUUGUGACGGUGUGCUUGACCAUACACUGAAGCUAUUUUUGUUUCUGAAUCUAUUGGCGGUUAAUCAAACUGUGUUUGUUAGAUCUUCGGAAGUGUUAAAGCUAUUUAUCAUCUUACAAUUAAAUUGCUCUAUUUAUGAUCUAAUUGGGCAAAACUGAGUUUAUAUAUUCUAGUUAAUAGAAGAAUAUGCUUGUUCAAAAUUCGUGAAUUACCUAGAUACUUAACAUUAUGAUCUUAGAUUAGAUUCAUGCUUGUUUUGUCUGAUUGAGGUACCUUACGUUCUUACAAUAGAUCCUUAUAAUGUAGACAUGUAGUGUUUUGAUCUUCAGGUUACUCCUUUCUAUCAAGAAACUAUUUUCUUGUUA